AUGCUACUUCCAUGCACAAAAGCACCUGAGCCUGGAGCUGGGGUUUGUGGUGCGCCUGGAGUUGGGGUUGGUGUUGCUCCUGGAGUUGUAGGGGGUCCUAGCAUGGCCGGUGCAGGUGGUGUGCUCAUUGCAGAUGGCGUUGGGCUUUUUGGGGCACCCAUUGGACUUGGACUUGAUGGGCUGACUCCAGUAGGGGAAGCCGCCAUUGGAGGCGGCAUAACUGGCGGUGGUGUCAUCAUAGGCGGCGGUGUCAUCAUAGGCGGCGGUGUCAUCAUAGACAUUGGUGGUGGUGUCAUCAUAGUCAUCGGCGAAGGUGCCAUGGUGGUGGGCGAUGGUGGGGCGGAAGAUGUCGGUGCUGAGGAUGGCCCUUGA